CACACCAGGGAGACGGGCAACCUGGGGGAGAAGGUACAGGAUGGGGGCUGGAGGCCCUGUGGUCAGGAGGAAGAUGGACUGCUGACUCUGGCCAGCACCGGCUCCGGGGGCCCUGUGGAGGCUGUGGAUAACAACGAUGAGGAAGCUUCUACUUCUGCUACCUGCUCCACCUGCCCCAUCCUGGACCUGCCCCCUCCCUGGCCAACAGGCUGUGGGGCCGAGGACGUCCAAGCCUUCUGCUUUAUCUGCCUUCACAAGGAAGAGGAACCCCUGGAGACCCUUCCACUUCAGAGGGAGAAGAUGAGUGGGGGCUGCCCAGAGCAGGAGCCCCCCCGUGCACUGGCCUGCUGCAGUGGUGUGCCCCUCCUCACGGAGGACAUGCAGGCCCUUACCAUCCGCACACUCUCAGGCACGGAUGUCAGCAAGCACUAUGACCUCAUCCGGGAGCUGGGCAAGGGCACUUACGGCAAGGUGGACCUGGUGUCCCACAAGAGCACAGGGACCAAGAUGGCUCUGAAGUUUGUGAAUAAAAGCAAGACAAAAUUGAAGAAUUUCCUUCGGGAGGUCAGCAUCACCAAUACACUCUCCUCCAGCCCUUUCAUCAUCAAGGUCUUCGAUGUGGUGUUUGAGACCGAGGACUGCUACGUCUUCGCGCAGGAGUACGCGCCCGGCGGGGACCUCUUCGACAUCAUCCCGCCCCAGGUGGGGCUGCCCGAGGACACAGUGAAGAGGUGCGUGCAGCAGCUGGGCCUGGCCUUGGAUUACAUGCACGGACGGCACCUCGUGCACCGGGACGUCAAGCCUGAGAAUGUGCUGCUCUUUGACCGUGACUGCCGCCGGGUGAAGCUGGCCGACUUCGGCAUGACCCGCAGGGUGGGCUGCCGCGUAAAGCGGGUCAGCGGCACCAUCCCCUACACGGCCCCCGAGGUGUGCCAGGCAGGCAGGGCCGAGGGCUUCGCCGUCGACACCGGCGUCGACGUCUGGGCCUUUGGCGUCCUCAUCUUCUGUGUCCUCACGGGCAAUUUUCCCUGGGAAGCCGCCUCGGGGACGGAUGCCUUCUUUGAGGAGUUCGUGCGGUGGCAGAAGGGGAGGCUGCCGGGCCUGCCUUCCCAGUGGCGGCGGUUCACCGAACCAGCCCUGCGGAUGUUCCAGCGGCUGCUAGCCCUGGACCCCGAGAGGCGGGGACCCGCCAAGGAAGUCUUCCGCUUCCUCAAACACGAGCUCACCUCAGAGCUCCGCCGUCGGCCUUCUUGCCGGGCCCGCAAGCCUGCUGGUGACCGCCUGCCCGCCGGGGCACACCGCCAGGAGGCCCCAGCACCGCUCAAGAGGACGGUGCUGACCGAGAGCAGUGGGACCAGGUCCUCCCCUCCUACCCCUCCUGAAUCUGGCCUCACCUCACCAGGGCCGGCCAGCAGGACGGAUGGGCGGCAGGACAAGAGCAAGGGGCAGCUGGUCCUGGCCACGGCAAUAGAGAUUUGCGUCUGAGCUGCCCCCCUGCCCAAUGCCAGUCCCCCCUUCAAGGGCUCCUCUGUGGCAACUCCUAGGGAGGGCUCCUCACCCCAGCGCUUGCACCCAUGAGGCUAGCGAGAACCUCCCCAGACCCAGUGGGUGAGGGGGACAUAAGGGGACGGGGGACUCAGGGUGGGGACCUGCUAAAGGAACUAGGAGUCACUAUUCCCAAAGCAAAAAAGAAACACGGUUAGACAAUAGUAAUAUCGUAGUACUAGCCUGAGUAGCUCUACAAGGAUCAGUCAGGACAGAGAUGGACGAAUGCCCUGUUCAGAUGAUGGGGACCUGGGGAGGUCCCACAGCCCAUAUCCCUCCCCUCAAGGAGGAAGGCAGUUGGGUUGGGAACAGCAGGGCUGGGCUGCAGCAGUUCCACCAGGGCCUCGGGUAAGACAUUAACCAAAAAUCUGUCUGAGGGGCCAGGGAGGAGAUAGGGUAGUGCCUGCCCCACCUGCCACUAAGAUAGUGAGGGGCCUAGAGCCUAGAGCCCAGAACCUGCAUCAAGAGGGACAGACUGCCAGAGCAGAACCAAGGUUUAGAGGUAGGAUCUUGUGGGUCAUAGGGUGGCUCUCAGGGGCAUCAUCCCCAGCCCAGGUAAGGGGGCAGGGCUGUCUGCAAUCUGCUUUCUCCACCCGUUUCCCACCCACCCCCAGUUCCUUCCACUGGUCUUAACCAAUUUCACUGGACCAUCUGAAGGCUUUCAGUCUAUCCUAGCCACUCUGUCCCAUACCUGGCCUUUCUCCUUCCCCUUGUCUCUUUCCUACCCUCUCCCUCUAUUAGCCCAGACUCUGCCUCCUUUUUCUUGGGUACCAGCCUCUCCUCAAACCCUUCGUUUUGCCUUUCCCUUCUCUUUGCCUUUGGGGAAGAGAUAGGGCCAGGUUUUCCUUAGAGGGCGGGGAGAGAGAAGGGGCUGUUGAUCCCCAAGUCUUGGUGGAGGCCCCAGGAUCAGAGAAAGCUCUCAUUGAUGAAGACAGCAGGGAGAUCCAAGGUUCUGGGCCACAUAGAAAGAGGAUCAGGGGAGCAACCACGGUAACUCUAACCCCUGGUCCCGAGCCCUACAUGCUCCAGAACUGUGAGCAGGGCAGGCCCCAGGACAGGCAAGGAGAAGACUGGGACCAGGAGAAAGGAAGGAAGGACACGGAUAAACUGACCCAGCUACCUGAAAAAUGUAGCAAAUGUGUAGUGUGUGUACGUGAGUGUGUGUGUGUAUGUGUGUGUGUCUCCCGGACAUAGAACAUAGAAUGUCAAAGCUAGA